AAACUGGGGAGAAUAGGAGCUCAUGGGAAGCCGUCAUAAACAAGAUUCUGAGGAACGGAGAAGCCCCAGGACAGCAGCACCCACUGCGUGAAGUGCACAGUAGUCCUUCAGCAAGAUGUUUGCUGCCAGCAUGAGGACCAGGCAGAUAAAUAUCACCUGUGACAACCCAGUGGACAGAGAGGUCUUCCUCCAUUACUCCCUCAUCCCAUCACUCUGCAUCAUUUUGGUCUUGUCUUUCCUCCAAAGACAAGAGCAUCGGAGACAAAGAGAUGACACCUCCUACCUCCUGGGAAACCACUUUGGAAUCAUCGUGCCUCUGGACUUCGUGGGGACUUUUAGUAACCGAUGGUCCUAUGGAGCUGCCUUUGGGGCCACAGCCAAUAAGGUCAUGUUCUUGUUCUCAGAAGGCUACCAGCCCCUGAAGGUUCCGCAGUGGGCCCAAGCCUUUGUGCUUUUCAUCGGAGGCAUGGAGGUCGGACUCUCCUACUUCCCCUUCUUUGCCUGCCUGUCCUCAGAGUUCCAGCUGGUCAGCUCCAUCCUGGGCUUCGGCUACUCCCUGACCUGGUUUGUGGUUACUGUUCUUCAGGUCUCACAGUGUCCCCAUGGGCAGUUUCUGGGGAGGUUCGAGACCCUCAUUUUCUACUGGCCCUCACUGUUGUGCCUGGGUUUCCUGCUGGGUCGUUUCCUGCACAUGUUCCUUAAGGCUCUGCCUGUCCACCUGGGCCUGGAGCCUCAGACGGAAGAAAAGUCGAUGCUGGAGGCCCACCAGGCAAAGCACGUGAAGCAGCUCUUGAGCAAGCCCCGCCCACAAGAAGGAGAAAAGUCUUGGUUUCAAACCAGGGUGUAUGAGUGGGACCCCUGCUUCCAGUUUCCCAGCAGGAUGAUCGGGACCCUGCUGCUGGCAUUCAUCUGUCUCUACUUGUUCAUCGUCAUUGAGUUUUGUGUGUUUCUACACAUGAGAGACAAGCUGGACAUGUUUGAAGACAAGCUGGAGAGCUACCUUACCCACAUGAACGAGACGGGGAACUUGACCCCAAUCAUCCUACAGGUGAAAGAACUGAUCAGCGUCACCAAAGGAGUCUGGGUGGUGACCAUUUUGCCUGCCGCCCUCACGUGUGUCACCUAUCUCUUCCACAUUUUGGCCUGUUACAGAAAGCAUAUGAAGAGGCUAUGGGCUGGAGACAAACACUUCCUCCCUCAGAAGUUCCACAGUCCCUCUUCAGCAGCGAGUGUGGUGGCCAUUGCAAGGUACUCUGGCUGGCAGAUAGCCUACAUCCUCUGGGGCUACCUCAUCAUCCAUGUGGUUCAGAGCCUCUGUGGGGUGAUGCUCAUGUAUGGCCUGGUGCUACCCAUCAUCCACCACCGAGGCCUGGAGAUGCUGCAAGGAUUUGGCCUUGGGGUCCUCACCCUGUCCAUAGUCGUGGGCCUUAUAAUCCUACAAGUGUGGAUUGCUGGCACGUUCUUCCUGCAGCCCAAGCUGGGCACAGCCGACAAGCAGAAACCCCUGGCUCUCAACAACAGGAGAGCCUUCCACAACUUCAACUACUUCCUGUUUUUCUACAAUGUGCUGCUGGGCCUGGGGGCCUGCCUCUCCAGGCUGCUCAUCAGCUGCCUCCUGGGCACAUGGCUGAUCGCACGCAUCGACAGGACCAUCAUGCAGAGCGGCUAUGAGGGUGCAGACAUGGGCUUCAGCGCAUGGAUAGGGAUGCUCUUUGUGGAUCAUUACCACACCAACCCUGUGUUGGUCAGCUUUUGCCACAUUCUGAUCACAAGCCACAAGGACAGAAAGCUGCAGAAGACUGUGAAAUACUGGUGCCUGAGCCAGUCAGCAGGUCCCCGCUUCUCUGCCAGAGCCAGAACGAGGUGGUUCCUGCUGCAGACGCUGAUCAACAAUCCCAGGCUUGUCAUGCUCAGAAAAUCAAAAUCGGGUCAUAGCUCAGGAGAGUUCACACAGAUUCUGCUGACCUGCUCAGACUGCUGAUUGGGCCACCAACUUCUGCUCCAAGGCCAGGCCAUCCCCUCUCAUGAGGGCCUCAGCUUACCUAGCAGCCAUCCCCUACAAUGGCACAGGACGACAUGGGCACUGUUCAUGCACAUGAUAGACAGCACUGACCACUUGUGGGAUGGCCAUAUAGACCAAUGGUUUAAGCUUAGAAUGAUCUCAAUCCCUUGGCAUAAAAGAAAAACAAUAUAAAAAGCAAUGUCUGUGAAGCAAAUUUUGCCCAUCACUGACUUCCACUAUUUGCGGGAAGGCCUCCAUGAGGUCACCUGUUAAGAAGCAUGAAAUAGAGGUUGGAUAAAUGAGACGGCUCAAGGGCUGAGUGCGCUCGAUUUCACUUGCAGAGGACUCAAGUUUGGUUCCCAGCCUCCACACUGUGCAGCUCACAAGUGUCUGUAACUCUAGGGAUCUGACCUGUUUCUGGCCUCUUCAGGCACCUGCACAAAUGUGGCAGGCACGUAUACACAUAAGUAAAAAUAAUUAAAAAAUGAAUCUUUAAAGCAAAUUUUUAAAAGAAGUCUGAGGUGAACUUUCUGCCCCAUGACCUACUGGGAAUGGAAUCAGAGAUGAUCUAAGACUUCCUAGUCUGAGUCUAUCUGUGGGGUCACCUACGAAAGCCAAGCACAGGUGGGAUAGGCCUGCAUCCCAGGUGGAGUGCAACAGUACUGAUGCUGGGUGAGCAGGAGACCCAAGAAGAUGAGGCUUACUCAAGAAACACAAAUGUCAGGCUGGGAGGUGUGGACAUUGUCCUUAUGUGAAGCCCAAUGCUACCCGAAAUUUCAUGAUCAAAAUGGCCAGGACAGAUAGAGUCUGACUAUUGAAAGUCUCUCUUGAGCCUGAGCAAGUACAGUGAGGACCCAAAGUCUCCGAGUGCUUGCACCUGGUUGCUGUGUACACUUGGUUCUGUUGGUGCAUGUGCCAGGGUUGUCUCUCUUAGCUGAAUCUCUACAAUAGCCCUUUGACAAUUUGUUUUUGAGAAGCUGGGAAAAUGAAGAGCCACCUCCCCACCCCGCACACAACACACAUCACUUUCCAGCCCUGUGGUCAAACAACUUUGUCUUUCUCUAUAUCUGCAAAAGGGGGCCAACAUCCCAACUCCAUGUAUCAUCUUGAGAAUAAAAUUAUGCAAAGCACAUAGACAGUUUUAAGCGUGUGCCUGAGACUCUAAACACUCAAAAGCAGAUUCAGUUUUGAUUGUCUCUAUGGUUUGAGUGUAAACAAUGUCUCCCACAGACCCAGUACCUGUUAAGACCUUGGUCCCUAGGAUGGCACCAAGCAGAGGGGUGGGAACUUUGGGGGUGGUGCCUAGUAGGAGGUCCUUAAGUCACUGGAGGCAUGUCCUUGAAGGAGAUCAUAGGACUCUGGUCUUUUUGUUUCUUAGCUGAUAGAAUGACUAUUUUUGCUUACUAGACAUCCCUACCACGCAUGACAUGACGCCUCAUUAGAAGCCAAAAUCAAUGGGCCAUUCCUUCUUAGAUUGUGGCCUCCAAAA